GCAUGAGUCCUGCACUGCCAAAAUGCCCUGGCCAUGUGAUGGCGGAGCUCCAGGAGCCUUGGCUUUCGUUGGCUCACUGUCCUCCUCCAUCUGGGCAUGCACAGUCAGGGGCCAGUUGUCCUUUCCUGCCCAUUCAGAGUUCAAUUUGAGCCUCCCUUGCAGUUCCUGGUGUAGGCCAGCUGACCUUGGGUGGCCCCAGGGAGUCGCACAGCCUGUACCCGGCCCCCAGAUCCACUGCUAUAACUGCAGGGUCACAGGCACCCUGGGAGAAUGGGCCUCCAGCCUCAGCCGGCUCUCACUGCUGACAGGCACCCCUAUGUCACCUCCUGCCACCUGUCGGAUGCCCAGUCUGCCUGCCAUCACCCACCCAAGCACUUCCAACCCACAUUCUCCCCAAGUCUCAACACACUCCCCGUCAUUGUCCUACUUCAUGGAAGAGACAGAGCCUUCUGAAAUGAGAUCUGCCCUUAAAGUCUCUUGUCUUCUUCCUCCGCUUUCUGAGGAAACAUCGCCCCCACCAGUUGUUUCCUGUACGCCCUCACUCUCUCUCCUCCACCUCUGUUGCCUCUGCCCAUCAGCACAUGCUGACUCCACCAUGUUGGCUUCUGCAGACUUUACCCUCACUUUCUUCUCCACCAGCCCCAGGAAGGGCCUCCAGCACCUACGACUGCCCUCCCUCUUGAGGCCCCUCGGCUUCCCCCAGCUCCUGGCAGCAGCGUCCCAGCGCCUCCAGGACACACAUCUUACCCCCCAGCUCUCCACGCCACUUGGCUCUGCAUCGACUCCUCCUGGACUCCCCCGGCCCCACGGUACCCAGAAUGUCAUGUUCUUGUGUUUCUUCUCCUUUCCCAAUCCCUCUCGGCCAUGUGUGUAUUUACAUAUGUAUUUAUUUAUUUAUUUAUUUAUGAUUUAUUUAUUGACACCCCUACUUUGAUCGACAAAGAAAUCAAGGUAGAUCUGACCAGUAUUCCCCUCUCUUCUCCUUGCCCCAAUGCAUGGACAUGCCUUACACUGGUGUCCUCUCCUGGGUCCCCCUGAACUCUUCCUCAGCAGCCUCAACCAGCCUUAAGACCAGGCCACACCUUUAUAAGCUGCCCCCACCCCAACCCAUCUCUGCAGCCCAACCCUCUCCUGAGCUCCAGGCUGGGAUUACACCUGCUGGGGGGGACACUCACCCCAUCUGCUCUCAUAGCAGCACCAUCAACUCAACAUGUCAGAAAGCCAAGUGGAUCAUCUAUGUCCCUUCCCACAAUCCCUCCUUUUUCUACUGAAAGACCCAUGAUUCCAUCAGCCACCCAGUCUGAGACGCUGACAUCAUCCUCGACUAUUCUCCCACGUCCUGCCUUGCUAAGUCUUCCCGCUAGCACUAACCUCACCUCUUUACUUGUCAUUUGACUAUUUCAGCAACAGUCUCACCUCCCAGAUUACCUCUGUGCACGCUGACACAUUGUCCAGUCCAUCCUGAACAUGCACGGUGAUUUUUAUCUCCCGUUGCACACAAACAUUUAAAAGUUCCCCAGCCCAUGAACAAACGUACAGUUCUCUAUUUUGACAUUACAGACUACCAGGUAAGGCCCCGUUCUUCCUUUACACCCUCCCCUGGCCAGCAUAGCAGAGCUGUUUUUCCUGGAAAGGGUGCCUGCAAUUUCCUGUCUCUGUGCCUUUGGUCUUGCUGUUCCCAUCCCCUGGAAUGCUCCCUUUUCUUCCCUUCAAAGCUCAUGCAGAAACCACAUCUUUCAUGAAGCCCUCCUGAUCUACCAACCACUGGGAUCUCUCCCUCUGCUGAACCACCGUAGCACUUUAUUUGUACCUUUCUCAUGGCACUUACCAUAUUCUGCCUUGUAUUAUAGUUAUUUGUGCACUUGUCCUAUGACUGUUCUUAGACUGUAAGCUCGCCAAGGGCAGGGACUGUGUUUUAUUCCCCUGUAACCAUCACAGCACUAGGCGUGGUGCAUAGCACACAGCAGUUCCUCAAUAAAUGUUUGUUGGAUUAAAUCCUUAA